AUGAUUGCCUUGCGUUACAUUGCGCUCGAUACCAGUCAAUUCAAGCCGGAUCAACUCGAGAAAAUCAAUAGGAUUCUCUUUGGAUCGCUCAACUCUCUCGAGUGUGAAAUCAACUCACCGCAAGUGCAACCAACGUUUUUCGAUCCGAUUGUCAAUGGAUUGAAAUCUCAGUCACGUCAACUCAAAUCAUUUAUCUUUAGAAACACAGCUAGUAAUCUUACGACCACUCUAAAGAGCAUCGAUUGUGUAACUUCUCAACUGACCGAACUCUCGAUAAAUACUACACACGUCAACUUUAAAGAGUACGAUCUAUCCGGCUACAUCAAAGAUAGAUCGAAAACAUUGGAAUUGCUUACACUCUCGCUGUUCUAUGACAAGAUUGCCAGUGUUGGAUUCUAUGAGAAAACAAUGAAUUGUCAGUACCCAAAGUUGCGAGCACUCGAGUUUGGAACACUGGAUUACACACACGAGCUCGAUUGGUCGUUGAUCAACAAGACCAACUUCCCGAUGCUCACAGACGUUGGAUUCUAUUGGAACAGUUCAUCUAGACAGCUAGACAUUGAGUAUCAAACUAAAUUCAUCGAUUGUCUUUCACAUUUCAAGAGAAUUCACACCACUCUGAAUCUGUCGCCACUUAUACUCGAACAGAUGCCAACAAACAGCAACGUUGAAAAGUGGAAACUCAGAAUUUUCAGUCGAUUCAAAUCAAUCUCAUUCAAUCCCGUUGUCAAAACGAUAGCGAUCACCUUUACACAGAAAUUCAAUCAAGAAUCGUCAUCGGAUGAAAACGACGAGUUUAUGAUAUCGCUAUUCAACAGUUUGAUGCACCUUCGACUCGAUUACCUCUCACUCUGGAAUAUCAAAACCAAUUUCAUACCGCUACUAAUGGCGUACCUCGACUCUGAAGCGGCGCAAUCACUCACCUACUUUGGAUUCUCAAUUCCCACACAAACCAAUAUAUCAUUCAACUUUACUCCACUCAUUGAAAUACUUGCCAAACUACCAUGUCUAUAUACUCUGGAAUUCACUGACAUAUCAUCGCCUGAGCACGUAGAGCAAAUCGAACGCAUCACACAACUCUCGAAAUCAGUUGAAAAGUUAACCUUUAUUCAUUCAUCGACACUACACGAACCAACCGGAAUGAAAGAGAGCGACAAAUACAGUGUUAGCUAUGGUGGUAGCACAAAACAAACCAACAACGCCUUUACAUCACCUACCGAGGCAACAACAACUUCAUCAAGCAGUUCAAAAUCAUCUGGUUUCUGUAAAACACAAUAA